UAUUAAAUCUAAAUAUUUUCUAGAAACCUAUAUGUACAGUUAACUUGAUUUAGUUAUGCACUUCAAAUCACCUCCAAUUUUUAAGUUGAAUUAGUUUAUAAUGUUGCAACUUUAAAAACUCAUGUCCUGUAGUGAGGAGGGCCUCCUUGUUUCAUAUUACUCAGCAAUUCUCGCAAAAGCUUGUUCUGUAGGUGAUGACUUUGCAGAUCUCUAUGAUUUAAUUGUUAAAAGAUGCAGUAAGGAUCAGGCGGAUCAUGCGCUGGAGAAAGCUCGUGAACUUUCUGAACUUAAACCCCAGACUUUAGCUAUCAAAGUACGUUGGUUAGAAGCAAAAAUACCCGCCGCUCUGCGACUCACUGCAGACAUGGCAUCGUCGUUGAAGACACAGAGCAAAGAAGAUGAUGCGACCCGCAUCAGGAGUAAAUCCUGCUGUCAGGAUGUAGUUGUGGAGGUAGGAAAGUCCGUGGAUGUUGGAAUCUCGUUUCCACUGACCAAGACUUCGAUGGAAAUUGAUGCAAGAAAGAAACUCGCUAAUCCUGUCAUCGAAAAGUUUGAAAACGAAAACUCAAUUGAACUGGGAGCCAUGAGAAAGAAAUCGUCGAAACAAAGGGAGUCAAGCCCGUGUUCAAAUGAUGAAUCCAAAAGUUCAAAGGGUAAAUCAAAUCCAGAAGGAGCCUCUGGUAAGAGCAGCCGUAGCCUUCGUCGUAAAAAGCUGAAAGAACAAAAAAACAAAGAAGAACCUCAAGCUGCUGCUAGUAUUUCUCGUGAAGAAACCCCUGUGUCCAAAACCAAGAAAUUAAUGAACAAGGAGAAUAAACGAGUAGAACAGAAUCAAACACGGCAGAAAAAAACAACUUCCACCAAAACAACCGACAAGCCAGAAGACAUCGAACAGCAAAAGGAGGCCAAAAAGCUGCUUACAGAUGAGGUGGUGGCCAAGAUUGCUGAGGAAUUUGAUGAUAAACCAGAGAAGAAGCAAAAGACUUCAGUGAAAGAGAAAGUCCAGAAGAAGAGGAAGAAGAAGACAAAGAAGAUGAACAUGGAGGACACAAAAGAGCAAGAGGCUAAACAGAUGAAGGAGCAAAACGAAAACAAGAAUCAUCUUCAUGACUCCUUGCCUACUGAGCAACGGGAAGAUUAUGAUCUGGAACCGGUAUCUGAUGACCCACUGCUGUGGCAGCAUAACAUAGGCAUCCCCUUCAUGCCCUAUUCUCGUAAAGGGAAAACUAACCUUGACAGCAAGGGGAACAGUUUAGCAAGCAGUAGUGAAGAAUGCUCUUCCUAUACCACUGGACAGUCCACGCCAGGGAUAAAUGAUCUUGCUCCGGAUACUGCCUCUGGAGGCUCCGAUGUAAUUGAGCAGAUGAAACCUGCUCUUCCGGAUGACUUUCCUCCAAUUUUUGGUGCUGAAAAACUUUAUGAGGACGAUUUUAUCAACGCUCUUAAAAACGGUGUGGGUGCGGUUAAAGAAAAUGCCGUGAAAGAAGAGUUGAAUCCUGAUGAUGGUGCUACAGGUCCUCCGGACUCUAAUGAGGACCCUAUUCUGUCUGCAGAAGUCGGUAGCAUCCUCCACAAUGAGUGGGGACUUAAUUUCAUGCCAGACAGUGAUGAGAUGAAUGAAAUACCACCAUUUGAACUCCCAUGCAUCAGUGACUUAGGUGACGCCCCAGUAAAAGAACACAAAGACAUUUUCUUCCAGGAGGUGGACGAAAACCAGAACACUUUAACUUUUUCCCAAGAAGAAUUUUGUUUCGGUUUCGGCCCAGUGCAAGAUGGUUGCAAGACGAUAAUGCUGGAGGGUAAGCAACAAAUAGUGGACACGGUUCCGCUAGUUCAAGGUUCAAAGCUGGAUUUGGUUAAACAGUUGGACGAUGCAGGAAACUUUGAUUUGCACCAAGCUGUAGCUUUCUUCCAGCAAGAGUGGGAGAAAUGUAUAAAGAAUGGUACUAAGUAUGAGAAUUUAGGAGGAAUUUGAAUCUAUUUAUUUCACCUUGAAACCUCGAUUGGCACCUAUGAGGCAACGAGGAUCUAUGCACAAACAAUUUAUAACGAAUGACUAGUAGCACUGUUAUUGUGUGUCUGCACACAUGAUGUCAUACGCAUUAGUUUCAAUAGCACAGUACCGUGUGUGUUAAGUCUGGUUUCAAUUAAAUCAUGGUGGCGCAAGAUGGUCCCACAACCAUAGGUGGUUGAGGCUGCGCAACUUUACUUUUGCACCGCGUUGGUGCAGUGUCAGUUUUGCAUGAUUCAAUCGCUCGUUUUACAAAAGUUUAUUUUAGUCUCAUCACCAGCCAUUUCUAUACAGAUAAUGCUGUUUCUAAAGAAAUAGCAGUUUCAUCUGACUUCACUAGUUCCCGGUGUGCCCAUGAACAAAUUCGAAUUUUUCGCUAGCUAUUUAUUCGUUUGGUCGCUGCUUUUGAUUGCUCCGCUCGUUAAAAAGUCGUUUUGUACCCAAGGAGCGAAAACAAUAGAAAAUGAGUCAGUUCUGAUGUUA